ACAAACCCCACAAGAACCACAACCCUAGCCAAAACAAAACGCUCCCCAACGCCAACGCACCGCCCCACUCGAUACCGACAACACACCACGCACUGUCCAACACCAUGUGCGGGCCGCCCCCAACCCACCAACUUAGCCCUGGGAGCGCGUGGUUGCGUCUGCAGUUUUCUUGCGUUCAGGCGCAGCUGA